AUGACCGCGACGUACCAUCCAAUCCAUCCAAUAACGCACCAGCGCGACAUCUUCCCUCAACCUAUCACCGCAUUAUGCUUUGAUCCAGUUUCCGACACGCUAUGGUCAGGGAACAACUCAGGGAGAGUGACUGCAUAUUAUAGUGCGCAAGGGAACAGUGGAGUGACAUAUCCUGUGGGUGGGGACCUUGCGGUGAAGGGAAUCGUAGCUGGAGACUCGCUGGUACGCGCUUCGGGCAUCUCGAGUAAUGGGAUAGGAGCAUGGACGAAGGGCGGGACGAAUAAAUGGUUCUUCAGAUCCCCGAGUUCGAUAACUGCGUUUUCGAGCAACUCCACUACUGGGCCUGUGUUCUUCGCUUGUACAGCUGCACAGGAACUCGUAGCUCUCAACUCCCAGACAGGUGAUGUCGUACGCAGGUCUUCAGCUACCUCCAUAUACUCGCAUCUGGCCAAUAGUGCCAAUAUCUUGCUCUCUGGAGGCUCGGAUGGCUACGUGCGAGGACAUGACCCAAGGACGGGGAACGUUACUGUCGCGGCUGUACAAGCACAUACACAUGGCAUCCAGGGCUUGGCGGCAACUGGCACUUUUUUCUACACCAUCGGACUCGGUCUGAGACAGGGUCGUCCAUUUCCAGAUCCUCUGGUGAAGGUGUACGACACUCGUAACUUGAAACCUUUACCGCCAGUGCCUUUCUCCUCCGGUCCAGGGUUCAUCGACCUUCUCCCAAAGCGUACUGCUACGAUUGUCAUUACGUCAGCGGGAGGCCUUGUUAAUAUAGUCGAUGUUUCAAACGUCACCAACACUGAGUUUUAUCAGCUUGACACUCCGUCGUACGUGACGUCUACUGCUGUCUCCCCUACAGGAACGUACAUGGCAUUCGGAGAUGCGGAUGGCGCCAUCUCUCUCUUGACGGCUGCUGAUGAAACUACCAUACUACCUCUGAAUGGCUUUGAGGGACAACCUAUAGAAUGGGCCGACCCUCCAGAUCCACUUCCUGACAUCGAAUGGACGGACUCGACGCCUCUCAAUACGAUCGGCAUGCCGUACUAUAAUACUUUGCUUCUAUCUUCGUGGACCAGCAAAUUCUUACCGUCUUCCAAGUUGAGUGUCGUGGCACCACCACCACCAAAGAUCCCGUCUCAAGUCUUGAGCUCGAUGAAAAUCAACGAUAAUGUGGCAUAUGCGUCACUCCCAAAGGAGCUUAGAGGACGCAGGAAUAUGGUCCAUUCUCAGCCUAAGAGCAAGGCUAGGUUUCGAAGUGGCAAGGAACCCGAAACUCCCAUUCAGGAGCACGAUCCUGAUGACAUCCCGAGGUGGUAUCGCAAAGUCGAGAUAGAGUACUCAAAGUUCGGCGUUGAGGACUUCGACUUCGGCUUUUACAAUCGCACAGGCCACAGUGGACUCGAAACGCACAUCACUAAUUCUUAUACCAAUGCUCUUCUACAGCUGCUCCACCACACGCUUCCCAUCCGGAAACUCGCCGACGCGCAUAUAGCGACAGACUGCCCUCUCGAGCACUGUUUGUUUUGCGAGCUUGGAUUUCUAGUUAAGAUGCUCGACGAUGCGAAAGGCACGAACUGUCAGUCAACCAAUUUCUGCAAGACUGUCGAGGUGCUUGCUCAGGCACACAACCUCAUCGAACUCAUGGACUACGGCAUUGAGAAUCCAGACCAUAAUUAUGCACACAUGAUCCAGUCUUUUCAUCGAGUCCUCAUGGAUACGAUGUCUGCCGAAUGGAACAUCUCUCCCAAUAAUCCCCGACUACUUCCGGGGUGGAAGUCCGACAAUAAUAAUGGGCCUGCCCCUCCCCUUCUCACACAAUUAUGUGGCGUAGAUGCGAAAAACGUCAUAUCCUGUACGAAUUGUGGAGCUAUGCGGGAGAAGGGGAACAUGGUGCAUGUCGUAGACUUGACAUAUCCUAAGAAGGCACCGCCCAACGACCCUGCUUAUGGCUCCGACUUUGUCUCCAUCAUUCGCUCUUCUCUGCUUCGUCACUCGACCCACAAGGCAACAUGCACGAACUGCGACAGGCAGUUCACCACAUUCGAGAGCAAGCGUUCGAUAGCUACCAAGGAUCUGCCGCCGAUCCUUGCACUCAACGCCGGAGUCUUCUCCGAGGACACUCUGCGAUACUGGAAAGACGGGCGAACGCGUGACUCGCAGGGCCAGCCCCAAAUCCAGCAUUUUCUGACGUCUACAAUUGAGCUCAACGGGCAGGUGAACGGAGCUGACGACCCAGAAACUGUGACGUAUAGGCUCAGAGGCAUGGUCAUUCGAGUUGUGACGAAGGAGGAUCGGUCUCAUUUGAUAGCUUUGAUACGGCUACCUGAGGAAGAGCUCGAGCCAUGGGAGAGGGACCAGCCCUGGUACCUUUUCAACGACUUUACCGUCCGAUCCGUACUCGAAGGCGAUGCGCUCAGCUUCCAAGGCAAUUGGAAGGUGCCGACCGUGGUGUACUAUGAAAGAGUCGACGCUGUCGAGCAUCUCGAUCUCAGCCCUCUGUAUAUGGAGAAUGAUCUCUCUAUUCUCUGCCAGGACACCAACAUCACCAUGAACCGCGACCCGUCUUUGAUCAAGCAUGAGCUGCUGACCCCGGAUGAACUUCCUCGACCGGGGACACUGAUUGCCAUUGACGCGGAGUUUGUAUCAAUGCAACAGGAAGAGACAGAGUACCGUUCCGAUGGGACCAAGAAAGUUCUGCGCCCUGCACGGUUGAGCCUUGCUCGCGUCUCUGUGCUUCGAGGAGAUAGUUUGGAGGAUGGCUUGAAGGAGGGUGUGCCCUUUAUUGACGACCACAUCCACACCAGUGAGGUCAUUGUAGACUACCUGACGGAAUUUUCUGGCAUUAAGUACGGAGACCUUGACCCUCAUACGUCGAGGUACACGUUGACGCCGCUUAAAGUGGUGUACAAGAAGCUCCGAUUGCUGGUCGAUAAAGGAUGCGUCUUCAUUGGACACGGCUUGUCGAAGGACUUCCGUAUCAUCAGUACGUUAUUGAUGCUCUUUCCUAGUCCGCUUAUCUCUCAUAAGGCCGCCGCAGAUAUCUUUGUCCCGCCAGAUCAGGUCAUCGACACCGUCGAUCUCUACUUUAUACGCAGCCGGCAACGACGACUGUCCCUUCGCUUCCUCGCGUGGUUUGUUCUCAAGGAGAACAUUCAAACUGAGACGCACGAUUCUAUCGAGGAUGCAUUGUCAGCGCUGCGUUUGUACAAGGCGUAUAUACGGUUAGAGGAAGAGGAUGCAUUCGACCAGAAACUAGAGGAGCUAUACCGGGAAGGUAAACAAUACAAUUACAAGCCCCCACCGCAGCCAGGAGCCACACAAGCACAGCUAUCGAGUGUACCCGUGGGCCCAUCGUCAGGCACAACGACACCGCACGCGGGGAUGCUCAUGCCUCAAUUUUCGGGACAAGUGCCAUCGAAUGUCCUACAGUCAGCAUUCAUGACGGGCCAAUUCAGUCCUAUGGGGAUGUCGCUUCCCUCUGGCACGCAGUCCCCGCCGACGUUCUUCAGCGUGCCUUCGCAGCGGGGCUCCGGCGGAGGGUCGAAUCAGAGAAAUUGGCGGAGCAGAUGA